UUGACGUCAAACUAUCGUAUCAAAUUGUUUAACAUGUUAUUAUAAAGAUAAGAAAAACAGUUUUUUUGGCUGAGGGAAGUAGUGUAAAUAAUAGGAUGUUUUAACAAAAAAAUGUGGUACAGUUGACUGGGUUUUCUGUUAUAAUCUGUUAUGGUGUGAAACAAGUCGGAUGGAGUUACAACCAUGUGUGCAUGAAGAUUUAUUUAAAAACUUUGGAUUUAAAUAAACAAAGCAAUGGAAAUAAUGUGACAUUUUCUUACCAUACUGAACAACUGAGACUUAAUGCAGCCCAGACUUAAUGCAACGCAGACUUAAUGCAGCCCAUUUUACUUAGCAAACUAUAGGAAUGUACAAGAUAUUGUAGUUCAGCUGAAACGUUGACCUUAAGAAGUGAAAGCAAAUCCGGCGAUGUGGCAAAAUGGGUUGUGUUAGGAGUAGACCAAUCCUAAAGAACACUGAAGACUAUGUAGAGACUCUGACACUGAGACGUCAAGUGAGCAGAAAGACUUCAUGUCCAAGUAAAAACUUAAAGAUUUCUAUAUCGCUGAUCUCAGAUCCAAACUCUAGCGAUGAGGAAGCCACAUCAGUCUCCUACAAUUUUCAAAGCGUUCGCAGGAAUCACAGCUUCCACUCGGGCUCGCAUUCGAAAUAUACUAAAUUUCCGAACAUGGUUGGGUAUAGGCUCUGUCUAGCAUGUAGGCAAGGGAAGGAGGAUGUUCUUAGGACAGUUACAGACGCCACCGAGAAGGACAUGUGUAGAAAGUGUUCAGUGAAGACUAGGAAACUGAGUGAGAAGAAGAAAAAAAUGCUGAAGAAUCGAGAUAAAACUUUGGAGAUCCCUAAACCUUCAGCUGCGCAAAGACAUGAGAAGAUGGAUAUAGCUUCUCUUGCCAACAUUCUGGCCUUGACUGCCCUUGAUCUUACGUCGCCGGACAGCGAAGAAAUCCUGAAGAACAGAAAGAACACCUGGAUACAGCUGGCCGGGCACCCAGGUGCAUUUGCCCCAGCUGGUCCUAACACAAUUUGGAAGAAGCGUUACACGAAGGACAACAAUGAAACAGAGGCUUACGAGGCGCUCAUGGAGGACACGGCUCACUGCAUCGUGCCCAUGUUCUACAGGGAGGUGGAGUACAACUCCGAAUACUUCAUAGAGAUAGAGGACCUACUCCAGCACUUCACGGAUCCAAACAUCAUGGAUAUCAAAAUGGGAACUAGAACAUUCCUGGAGUCGGAGGUUAUGAACGCCUCACAAAGACGAGACUUGUACGACAAGAUGAUUGCCCUUGACCCUGACGCUCCCUCUGAAGAAGAAAGACUGUCUCAGGCCAUCACCAAGCUGCGAUACAUGCAGUUUCGUGAACAUGAGAGCUCUACAGCAGACUUUGGGUUUAGAAUAGAGGCAUUAAGGAUCUCUGGUGAGCCACCUACCUCAAACUUGAAGCGUGUGAAAACUAAGGAACAAAUCCAACGAGAGCUGUUAAGGUUUGUUAACAAACGACGGAGAGUGCAAGAUCUGAUGCUAGACAGACUGGCUGAAAUACGGGAGAAAGUGCAACAGUCACCAUUUUUUAUGACUCAUGAGCUGAUUGGAAGUUCCUUGUUGUUGAUAUACGACCGCACAGAAAAAUGCGGCAUUUGGCUGAUAGACUUCUCUAAGACGAAUCCGAUUCCUGAUGACGUCACAAUCACACACCGUGUACCAUGGGCCCUCGGCAACCACGAAGACGGGUUCUUGUUUGGGGUAGAUAACCUGAUACAGUUUUUCUCAGAUAUCGAGAUUAAAGAAGAAAUCUCAAACUGUGAUCCUAGUCAAUCCAGUUUAGAGGGCGCCACUUGAUUGUGUUACCAAAUUUAGCAGCAUAGAAUUUCAUGUUUGUUUUAGCUCUUUUUUAUUGUUCUAAAAUAGUUUCUUAAAUUUUAUAUUUUAAAAUGUUAAUGUUGUUGUUGUUUAAAGGGUAUUAAAUUCAUACAGUUGUUGUGUUAAUAACUGUUUUUAAUUACAGUUGUAAAAGGAUUUUAACAGCUUUGAAGUGUGCCUGCAUAUAAGUAAAUCCUCAAAAAUUUAACAACAUCCAGUUGAAAAAAAACAUGCAACCAUGAAAGAAGAUAUUGGACCAAGUUACUAAAUUAAGUCUAUUUUUAUAUGUCAUACAAUAUUACUUUGGACAUGUUUCAUAUAACAUUUAAGUAUGCUGUGAUAUCUGUUUGAGUAACAAGUUUGUUAAUCAUCCUUUCUACGUCAUUGUACCCAUAUGUAUAAAACAAAUACAUGUAUACUCAUUUAUCUUCACACCCCAUACUGUCAACAAACCGUAUAUUAAAAUAUCUACCUGUAUGUUUGCAGAGUAAGAAAGGCUAAUCAGGAAUGACACUUUCCGCCUAAACUGGAUUUUUGCUAAGAAUAGAACAUCUUUAAACAAAAAUACAAUAAAAGCUGAAAGUGUCAUCCCUGAUUAGCCUCUGCAGACUGUGCAUUCUGGGACGACACUUAACACACAUGCCCUUUUCAUGCUAAUAUCUGAGUCAAAGUUGAAAUAAACACUCAACAGAUGUGUAUAUGUGCCACACAAUUGUUCUAUAAUUUCACUAGACAAAUCUAUAAUACACCAAUGGAUAAAAUCUGCUGUUACUUUUGGCAUAUCUAUAAAACCAUGCAUCCAUAACUCAAGAAACCAUAUUUCAAAAAUUAAUUAUAAAUUCGAAUGAAUAAAUAUACUAGAACACUUUCAAAUAGAUGUGUAGAACAUACAAGAAUUUGUAUCUGGUGUGUUGCCUUUUUUUGUUGAGUGUACAUUAUAUUAUUUUGUACAGUAAUUUCUUUUCACUUGCAUCUUUUUGCAGUAAAUAUGUGUAAGUUUUUUUUUAAUUGGGAUUAUGUUUGUAUUUACAAUGUAUCAUAAGUUUAAGUUUAUCCGUAUCCUCAAGACUUGCGUAACUGUAGAAUUCCAUAUACAUGUACUAACAGUGCAUCACUUAAACAGGUUUAAAGGAUAUCGUUAGUAUAAAUUGUUCCAAUGGUCGUCAACGGAAUAGCAUUAUUAUCCCCCGCCAUAGGCGGAGAGAUAUUGUUUUGGUGUUGUCCGUCCGUUCAUCUUUCAGGCCUUCCGUCCGUCCGUCUUUCUGUAUCUUGAAAAUGCUUCACCGGAUUUCAUUGAAACUUGAUAUGAGUAUAUAUAUGGAUAAGAGGAUGAUGCACACCAAAUGGCAUUGUACACCAUCUGUUAAUAACAGAGUUAUGGCCCUUUGUAUCUUGAAAAAAUGCUUAUUUUGUGUGUCCGGAGUCAUAUUUUGAAAGUGCUCUGGCCAAUUUCAUUGCAACUUGGUAUGAGUAUAUAUAUGGAUCAGAGGAUGAUGCACGCCAAAUGGCAUUGUACACCGUUUGUUAAUAACGGAGUUAUGGCCCUUUGUAUCUUGAAAAAAUGCUUUUUUGAGUGUCAAAUAUAACACUUUUGUCUCCUGAAGAAAAAUUGGCGGGGGAUAUCAAUUCAACAAAUUUGCUUGUUUAUAUAUAUGUUCCUGAAAUGUAUAAAGCCAACAAAUACUGUAUUUUUUUAAAGUCUGAAUAUUUCAGAACUACAUGAGAUUCUCAGUGGAUAUUGUUUGUAAAGCAUGGUUGUGUUUACUAUAGGAGCUGAUGUACAUUUUGAAUUUGGGCUUUCUUUUACCAGUCGCAUGAUAUUAUUAAAAGUUAUUUUUGGAGCAAUGCACCCAUCUUUUUUAUGUUGUAUAAUGAGUGAGUUUUGUCUUGUCUGUUCUGUUGCUUUACAGUUUUUUUAUACUGUCAUCUUUGUUUGCUGAACAAAACUGCUUUUUAUGCCCCCGAAGGAGGGCAUAUAGUGAUCAGACCGUCCGUCAGUCUGUCUUUCCGUCACACUUUGCAUUUAGGUUUCGCAUUUAGGUUUGGAAAAAUGCUCAUAAAUUCUAUGUCGCUUCAGAUAGCAACUUGAUGUUUGGCAUGCAUGUGUAUCUCAUGGAGCUGCACAUUUUGAGUGAUGAAAGGUCAAGGUCAAAGGUCAAAUAUAUGGCUUCAAGGUGGCGCAGAAGGGGGCAUUGUGUUUCUGACACAUCUCUUGUUGUUUCUGUAACAGUUCAUACAGAUAGUUUUCUUUACAGUUUACAUUCCCUGACAUGUUGACUGUUUGACAGGCUAAAUGUGGAUCUAAUGGCCAAACUAUAGGUUUUAAGUUUAUUCUUGAAUUAAGUAAAAGCAAGCAAAAACAUAACUUAUAAAAUGGUAUUACAUGUAUUGUCUUAAUCAAACUUUGCAUUGAGAAUGUUGUUGCUUGAAUAAUAUACUUGGAAUUCAAAUGUUGAAAUAUUGACUAAAAUCCUGCUUUAUGUGUAGGCAUGUAUAAACAAGUUUUAAUCUGUAACCGUACUAUUUUUUUUAACUUGAAGCAUAAUUAUGAUUUCUAGAAAGUUUUCACAGAUUUCAAAAUCAAAAAUAAAAUUGUCGUAGAUUCCAAAAUGAAAGCUUUUUUAGUCCCCUACCGGUUUCACCGGAGGGGACUUAUGGCUUUGUCUCCGUCCGUCCGUCACACUUUUCUGGAUUCUGCGAUAACUUUAAAAGUUCAUAAUAUUUUUUCAUGAAACUUGGAACAUGGAUAGAUGGCAAUAUGGACAUUAUGCACGUCAUAUCAUUUCGUUCCUACGUCAAAAAUUAUGGUUGCUAUGGCAACAAAUAGACUAGAAAUACUGCUGAAAAUGGUGUUUUUUUCUGGAUCCUGCAAUAACUUUUAAAGUAUUUAAUAUUUUUUCAUGAAACUUGAAACAUGAAUAGAUGGCAAUAUGGACAUUAUGCACAUUAUUUCAUUUCGUUCAGACGUAAAAAAUUUUGGUUGCUAGGGCAACAAAAUGAAUAGACAUACUGCUGAAAAUGUUGGUUUUUCUGGACCCUGCGAUAACUUUUAAAGUUCUUAAUAUUUUUUCAUGUAACUUUAAACAUGGAUAGAUGGCAAUAUGGAAAUUAUGCACGUCAUUUCAUUUCUUUCCGACGUCAAAAAUUCUGGUUGCUAUGGCAACAAAUAGACUAGAAAUACUGCUGAAAAGGAGGGUCGCUGGAUCCUGCAAUAACUUAAAAAGUUCUUAAUAUUUUUUCAUGCAACUUGAAACAUGGAUAGAUGACAAUAUGGACAUUAUGCACGUCAUUUCAUUUUGUUCCUAAAUAAACAAUUUGGUUGCUAUGGCAACAAAUAUAUAUAUAUAUAUAUAUAUAUAUAUAAAUCUGGAAUUUCUGACAAUGGUGGCGCCGUCAGGGGACUUAUAUUGCUUGACAAUAGUCUUGUUAAUUCUGUUGUUAAUUGUUCCAUAUCAGUUUCACCGGAGGGGACUUAUGGUUUGCGCUCUGUGCGUCUGUCUGUGAGUCUGUCACACUUUUCUGGAUCCUGGGAAAACUUUUAAAGUUCUUCGUAUUUUUUUCAUGAAACUUUUAACAAGGAUAGAUAUCAAUAUGGACAUUAUGCACGUUAUUUCAUUUUGUUCCCACAUCAAAAAUUAUGGUUGCUUUGGCAACAAAUAAAUAAAAAAAAUCUGACAGUGGUGGAGCAGGUAGGGGACAUAUAUUGCUUUGCAAUAGCCAUGUUAUUUAUUAAAAAUACAAGUGUUACUAACAACACUUUUCAAAUUGAUUCAGAAAUAAGUAUUCAAGAUGUUUAUAAUCCUCUUAUUAAAUAAAACAUAAUUUAUAAUUGAAGAUUUGACUCCUGGAGUUCAUAAUUUUCAGUAUUCUAUUUUUCUCUUCAGUGAGCUCUAUAAUAAACAUGUUUAAUUGCUCAGUUUAAGUAUAAUUUUUUCCUGAUAAUCAAAAUUUGGUAAUUGCAGACAUUGUAUUACAAAAGUGUAUUGUGAGGAAAAUGUGUUCUAGAGCCAUGACGACAGACUUCCCUUAGUCUAACCUUUGUCUUUAAAAAACUAUUAACAUAUUUACCAUUUUGCUUAUUGUAAUCAAAUCUCCAUUAUUACGUUCAGUCUACUUCGUCAAUAAUUCUCUUGUUACAUUCAGUGUGAUUGGUCAAUAAUUCUCUUUAAGUUGAGAACAAGUUUAAGAUUGAGGACUUUUGUACUUGUGGUUCCUUGUUAGCAUUUGUGCACAAGACUUAUUCAAACAAGUUGACACGGUUCCCUUAUAUUCAGGCCUAAAUUAUAGUGUUCACAGAAAGUAAGGUUAGUUUAUUUCAAUGUUUUCACUCACAAUUUAUUUUCAAUUUGGCGAGUACAGGUCAUCAAAAGUAUUACCUUUCAAUAAAAAUAUGUAUUUGUUCUUAUCAAACGAUUCUUUACUUCUAUUUAUGUUUUAUACACAUUGAUAUUUUUUUCCCAUAUAUUUAUUCAAGAAACUUAUUAACUAAUUGAAGUCAAAUGUCAUGCUUUGUACUCUGUUUACGGCAGGUCAAUAAAUAAAUGUUAUUUUUCCUGUAUGAAACUUGUCAAAAUGUUCUGUACUGUAUUGUAAUUAUUAAUGUAGCUAAAUAUUCACUGUGAAUAUCACAUUGUGACGAAGUUCUGUUGCUGACAAGACAUUUGUGCUAAUUAUGUCCCUGGCUUACAUUAUGCUGUUAACAUACUUUUUUUAUAUUUCUCUUCAUGUAGAAUAUUAGUGAAAUGUGACUUAGUGUGUUUCUCAAUUAAAUGCAUGAUUGGCAUAAGGAAUCAAUUGUGUCGUGUUCUGAUAAAACUGGGCUUAAUUCAUGUGCGUAAAGUGUAGUUCAAGAUUAGCCUGUGCAGUCCGCACAGGCUAAUCAGGGACGACACUUUCCGCUUAAACUUGAUUUUAGGUAAGAAGGGACUUCUGUCAAACUAAAAAUACCAUAGAAGCGGAAAGUGUCGUCCCUGAUUAGCCUGUGCGGACUGCACAGGCUAAUCUGGGACGACACUUUGCGCACAUGAAUUAAGCCCAGUUUUCUCAGACCACGACACAAUUAAUACUGGAACUCAAUUUUAAAUAAUACUGGCAUGUAUUAUUUGGGCCUAUUUACUUACCAACUUUUAGACUUAAGAAUACAGAAAAGACUUGGAUUCAAGAAAAUAUACUUUUGUGUUUAAAGAUGAUUCUCAUUUCAUUAAUAAAUGUUUGAAUAUCACAAAUGUAGUUAUACAAAUUUAAUGCUAAGUUGGACUAAACAUGUAAAUUUUUGUAGAAUUAUAUGCCCAAUUUUGCAAAUCCCAUAAAUUUAAGGUGAACAAAAUAAAAUAAUUCCUUAGUACGUAGGGGAGACAUUGUUUAAGUAAAGGUUGAAGUCUGUCAAGACAUUCCAUCUUCCAAAAAUUAACAUGUUUUUUUUUCCGUAAAUUAGUUUAAAUUUUAAUUAGCAGUUAAAUAUAUUGGCCGCGCUGUUUGAAAAGGGGGUCUAAUGCAAGUGCCUAAAGUGCCAUCCCAUAUUCUAGGGCUGUGAUCUUGAAUGCAGUAUUACCAUAAUAUGAGCCUUAUUUUGAUUAAAUUAGGCUUAAUGCACGUGCAUUGAGUGUCCUCCCAGAUAAGCCUGUGCAGAUUAGCAAUAUACACAGGCUAAAAAGGGACAACACUUUCCUUUCUUUAUGGUAUUUUUUUUUGCUUAUAGGAAGUAUUUCCUUAACAAAAAUCCAGUUAAGGUGGAAAGUGUCAUCCUGAUGAGCCUAUGCAUAAUGCACAGGCUAAUAUGGGACAAAACCUUGCGCACAAGCAUUCAGCCACGUUUUCCCAGAUAGAGGCUCAUGUUUUAUACACAUUUAGUCACUUUCACUCAACAAAGUUUCACACUUAACCUGGCUGUUUAAUUAUUAGAUUUAUAUUUUUAUGUAGGAUUUCAUUUUGUAAUUGUGUUUUUGUUUUGUUUGUAUAGUGCAUUUUUGCUCGCCUUUCUGUUUCAAAAAUUUAUCCAACUUUUUUUAAUUUUAUUUCUUAACUUAUUUGUUUUUCUGUGUUAAUUUCUUCAAGUUUGCCAUUUGAAUGAACAUGUAUCUGUUUUUCCUUGGUAUUUCAUUCCUCUGUUUCCAGUUUUGCAAGUGCUCAGGGAUUUCCUGCAUUAUAAUCCAAAUAAAAACAAACAAUUCAGUUUGUAUGCUAGUUUAUAAAAGAUUGACAUUCAUACACCUUAAAAGAAUUACAAGCAGUGUACUGAAUCCUAUUUUAGCACAUGAGCUGCACUCUCAUAACUGGGCUUAAUGCAUGUGAUAAAAGGAAGUCACGCAUUAUGCUGCUAAGUCCGCACACUUAAACUUUUAACCACUUAGAUACGUAUUUGUACGCAUUUGUUGUCCCUUUUAAACUUGAAUUUAACUUAAUUCCUUUUGAACUAAAUUCAAGUAUUAAAGGCCUCAUUUCCAACCCUUACAUACUGAUGAGCAGCAAACAGCAUACCCGGUAAAACCUGAUCAGACGGCGAGUUACUUGCAGGCUGUUCUGGUUUUAAGCUGUUAGCACAUAGCCAUUUUCCCUUUGCUUCUGAGUGGGAAAGGCCGGUUUAUCAAGGACAUCACUUUCCUCUUAAACUGUAUUUUUGUUUACAAUAGACUUACUUUAAAUUCAGAGUGUUGUCCUGAUUAGCCUGUGCAGACAGCACAUGCUAAGGUGGGACAACACUCUACCCACAUGCAUUAAGCCUGGAUUUUCUAGAGCAAGCUCACAUAUUUCACACAUAUUGAACUCAGAUAACAAUAUUUUACAAUGCUGAACAAUAUUAAGCUAGAUCAACCAAAACAUUUAAUAAAGGGCCUUAAAUAACCAUUAUAAAUCCUAAACCAAUUAGGUUGCAUUGUAAAUAAUCGUUUUAGUUGCUGCACAUAUGUAUUUUUUAUUCUUUUUUUUUCUUUUUUAAUCAGUGUCUGUUUUUUAAUAGCUUUUACAGAUGAUUUAUUAUUAUGUUCAAAAUUGUACAUAAUUUAUUCCCCUAAUGGGAUAUUUUCCAGCUAAUUUUAACUUUAAUCCUUUACUUUUAAACAAGUUAAAAAACUUCAACUAGGUUCUUUUUUCCAUAUAUUAAAGAAUAUAAUGUGCUUUGUUUUAACUUUAAAAAUCUGCUGACGGCUUAUAUUAUGGUUGAAAUCCUGUUUUGAGUUUCACUGUUAUAACAAUUAGAUAGUUAGCAGUCUGCACAGGCUAAUCUGGGUUGAUAGUUUCUGCCUAAACUGGAUUUUUGUAAAGAAGAUACUUUCUUAAAAAACUAAAUACAGUAAAACAGACCAGUGUGGACUGCACAGGUUUAUCAGGGACAGCGCUUUGUUUACAUGAAUUAAGCAAGCCCAGUUUACCUUAACUAGAGUUAAUUGUUCAAAAUAGGGCUCUACAAUGUUAAUUUAAUGAUGAAUGAUUAAUCACAACUCUCUCCGUACAAUUGUGAUGCAAUUAUAUGGUCAUAUAGGGUGAUUUACAUUAAACUAAAUUUUACAUAACAAUUAGUGCCUGAAUGAUAACAUCUUCAGAAACCUGCAUGAGGAGGCAUUUCAGCUAUAGUAUUUGCAGUGUGGUUUUCUCUAAAUGUAACAUGGAAAUUUGCUUUGAUUGGUUGAUGUUUUUCACAGAGGAAUGUGUGCUGCUGUUUUGGUAUUAGGAAAGGCAAAAUGUUAUUUUGCUCAGACUUUUUUCGGUAUCCUAUAAAGAAUGUGUUCUGCAUUUCUAUUUAGAAAUGUCAAAAAGUGAUUUGCUCAGUUUAGUUAGUUUGCAUUGCCAUGUCAAUUAACAUCUUAGAUAUUUAAUUAUUAGAUGUUCAUUAUGACUUAUUUGGGGUAACAGAAAUAACCAUCUGUUGUAUACACUAUAAUUUGUAAACAUAGCAAAAUUAUUUUGAGAAAUUUGAUAAGCAGAAAACGUUCCUUUGAUUUUGUAACAUAACUCACUUCUUUUACAAAAUGUGCUUACUCUCCAGAUGUGUCACUUUAGAUGUUAAACUUUUUGGAGAAGGCAAUUUUUGUCCUUUUUGAUACUGUGUCAUGGGACAACAUUAACAGUGCUGCUUCAUGCCUUGUAGUCAACUGUACAAAUCUGCAUGUUAAGUCUUUGUGAUUUACACAUACAUGUAUGUCUGUAUAUAAAAUUCAAGUGGAUUUAUAUGUGCUGUACUAAAAAUUGAUACACUUUUUCUCCACAUGCCUGUAACAUAUUUUUUACAGCUGCAAUAUAUAAUAUAUGUAAGUCAUUCAAAUGCCCAUAACCAUGUUAUUUUAAUGAAAAAUGAACAAUUAAUAAACAUUAAUCUGUUUAUUGUUGAUGGGCAAAAUGAAGGUGAAGUCUUGUAUUUUCUUUAUUUCAUACAGUCAAUUAGAAUCCAAAGGUUGAAACAUUGUCUGUUGACAAAUUGACACUGAUUGAUUGUGAAAAUGUAGUAAUAGUGUAACAUAUCCAUACACAAUCGCUAGUUUUCAUUCAACCAUUAGUUUACUAUUUUGUGUGACAUUCCUUCUGAAAACUACAUUUAGAAUCAUUUGUCAAUUACUCGAAGGCCAUGAAGCUUUAUCGUGCUAUUCAUUAUUUUUAACUGGUAACUAAAUGUUAAGUUAACUACACUUUUUAGUUUUUAUCUGUUGAAAUGUUAAAUAGGUCUUUAACAGUAUUUUAUUUUUGUCAUGCAGAGCAGAAUUUAAUGAAGUUUUUGUUUGUAUGACAUGAUGUUUAGUUUACUUUUGAAUGUUCUUGCAAUUUCAGCUGAUUCGCUCAAAUAAGUCUUUUAAUUGCAAA